AUGCUUGAAGAAUCUGCUAACAAGUGCGAGGAGGUUGAAUUGUGGAAAAUCUUCGGUGUAUUGGUGGCAAAAUUGAACGAGACAGAGGGCGGUACGGUGCCAGCCAAGUACGUGAAUGAGGUGGUGCAACAAUGGAUCGGAGAAAGCACCCAAGAGGAUGUAAUGGAAUUCAUCACCGCCGUAUUCGCAGAUAUGCGAAGAUCAGAA